AUGCGCUUCUCAGGGCAGAGUCUAAUCCAUGCCCAGGACUUCAUUGUUUCAGUGCUGGAAGCCUCGGCUACCCGACGUGAUGCCAAGGGCUAUCUUCAAAAGUACGCGCCGCCGGGCGAAAGCGCAUCCAGGAAGCGCAAGGUAGCCGAGACUCGAGGAACGCCAGAUCAGCCGUACUCGUCGAUCCGAGUUGUCAAUCAGGCACCGAAAUUCAUUCAGGGCAAUGGCAAUCAAAAGAAGGAAUUGGCUGUUCCCGAGGACGAGCCUAUCAACCUCGCUAUUGUCAAGAUGACCCUCCCACAGGACCUGGACGAUCAAAUGCUGGGCGCAAUCGCCAAGACAUUUUCACAGCUCCGCAAGCUCGGUCUUGUGAGCAUCAUCGUCCUCGACGGAGGAUCUCAGUCGUCCCGCAAAAUUCUGCGCGAACAGUCUUGGAGAAUUCAGCAAGCCGUCGAAGUCUACGGCGAGCCGGGUUCCUUACUGCUAGACCAGUGCGUGGCCGAAGCGCAGCCCCAAACGGCCGACGCCAAAGGCUUCAUGCCUUCCAGCGUUUAUGUCCAGUACCCGCAUAUGGUACUCAGAGCGUUACAGGACAAUGCCAUCGUAGUCAUACCUCCUGUCACGAUGGCACCUGACAUGAAGAGCGUUGAGUUGGUUGAUGCCGACGAGACCAUAGUUGCUCUCACCAAGUACUUCUGCGGGCUACAGUUCAACCCCAUUGAAAGUCCCGCGGGAUCGCCUGCCGCAGGCCGCAGUACAGGGGCCAAAGUCGCCUCAGUAGAAAAGGUUAUCAUCCUAGAUCCUGCGGGAGGAACACCGCUUGCGGACGAAAACGAUUCUUGUCAUCGCUAUAUCAACCUGGAGCAAGAAUUUGAAGGCAUCAUGUAUGCACUCACGCACCCCUCGGGAUCAGAAGCGCGACGGGGUAAGGUGUCCGAGAAAUUGAGACAAAACCAUGCGCGCAACCUGCAACUAGCCAGGAACGUGCUGGCGAUGUUGCCUUCGACUUCAUCCGCCAUUAUCAGCACCCCCUCGGCGGCAGCCAAUAAGCCUAUCCAAGAAUUCACCAGAGUUACAACUCGCAAUCGGCAGAACCCUUUGAUUCAUAAUCUUCUGACCGACAAACCCGUCUUCUCUUCGUCACUGCCAAUCGAACGAGUUCGCUCAGGAAAGAAGGGGGACGCAGAAUCGGAAGCUCACGUGGCCACUCUCAUUAAACGAGGGAUGCCCCUUACGGUGUAUCCUGAUCCUACAAUCAGCACUUGGCUACCGCCUCGGCCAGGCGCACCUCGCCUGAGGCUCACCGAUACCUGCAUAGAUUUGCCCCGACUGGUUCACCUCAUUAAUGAUUCAUUCAACAGGGAGUUGGAUGUCCAGCAUUAUCUCGACCGUGUCAACGACAAUUUGGCUGGUAUCAUCAUCGCCGGAGAGUACGAGGGGGGGGCAAUUCUCACCUGGGAAAAGCCGUUUGGCCUCGACGAGGAGACGGCGUACAAGACUGGGAGACUUGUGCCAUAUCUUGAUAAGUUUGCCGUUCUCAAAAGCCGUCAGGGAAGCGGCGGUGUCGCCGAUGUGGUCUUCAACGCCAUGGUGCGUGGCUGUUUCCCGGAAGGAGUAUGUUGGCGCAGUCGACAAGACAACCCGGUGAAUAAGUGGUAUUUCGAAAGAUCUUUGGGAACGUGGAAGCUCAAGGAGACAAACUGGACCAUGUUUUGGACAACACCGCACCUGCCGCUGAGCGACCCAAAGCUGCUAGACUAUGAGGACGUCUGCAGGCACAUCGAGCCGUCGUGGGCGGACACAAAACCGCCCGAUUGA